GAAGGUUUCUGAGUCAAGAUCCUGAAAAGGGGAAACAGAGAGAUGAGUGGAUAUCAGGUGAAACACGGAAGAAGUUUCAGGGCAAGAAUUGUCAAGGUGAUCAUAUGGAUUCUGGCUUUCUGCUUAACAGCUUACAUUCUUGGCCCUCCAUUGUAUUGGCAUACUUCUGAAGCCUUGGUUUCUCGUUUCUCCUGCCCUCCUUGCCUCUGUGAUGACUGCUCUUCUCAUUCCCUUCCCUCCAUUUCUCAAGGACUAAACAUCACUUCCUUCAUAGCAUGUAUGAAGAAUGAUCCUGACAUGACCGAAGAAAUGGAGAAGACGAUCAUAAAUCAGUUAUCAGAGGAAUUGAAGCUAAUGGAAAGUGAAGCCACAGAGACUCAGCACAUUGCUGAUAAAACAUUGCUAGAGACUAAAAAGUUGGUGUCACAGUAUCAGAAAGAGGCUGACAAGUGUACUUCUGGGAUGGAAACUUGCGAGGAAGCCAGGGAGAAGGCGGAGAUAGCGUUGAGAAAACAGCAGGAGAAUACUGCGAGGUGGGAGCUGAGAGCCCGCCAGAAAGGAUGGAAAGACGACGGCCCCUUAAAAUCUACCCUCAGGAUUUUGGAUCAUGGCAAAUUAAAGGUAGGUGAUAUUGACCACAUGUAGGGAAAGAGCUCCUAAUAUAUUGCUUGAUAUUCACAUUAACACUUUUGGUUUUAGCUUAUUUUUUUUCACAAGUCUUUUCUCAACAGGGUACCUUAUCCAAUAAAAAGUCUUUUUUUCAA